AUGCAGUCUAUCCAAGAAACGCGCCCGACGCCUCAGUCGCUCCCGAAGCUCAUAAUUCCAUCGGGACGCUAUAAGCCUGAGCCAGAAGAGAUAACGACAAGACGAGUAGAAAGUUUUUUAGCCUACUGUGUAAAGCACAAGAAGGCGCCUCUCACGCGGCUCCCUUCGAUUCCACUCAUCCCUCCCCCACCCUCUUCUGACUCAGAGUCAGACACAGACGGGACUAAAGAUGAGACCAAGAAUGAAGACUCUCAAGAUAUAGAGAAGGGCGUCGCAGAUCUCAAAAUAGAUAACCCACCAGAUACCCUCGCAUUUACAGAAAAUGAGUGGGAAGUUCUAGAGGCUAGAAGAACAGAGUACCAGCACGCUAAGGCUGAGCAUACGGAGGCAAUCUUAGAGAUGCAGGCUGAUCCAAGAGACAGGAAAACAAUGCUGCGGGCCAGACACUGGAGAAAGAUCAGGGAACGUAUCAAUUUGGAGAUUGCGGCAUACAAAAUUGGUGAAAGAUAA